ACAAACUGGUAUUUAGAAGUGCCAACGUUCUUCGUCGUUUAUAAAUUCAAUAGUUUAAUUUAAGCAGUGUUUAAAAGCUUUUAAUAAAUUGAAUGGCUCAUUGUUGAACAAUUCGAAAAUAAACAAUUUAAUUCCAUUAGAUUAUAACAAUGACUGAAGUGCCUGAUGUAGAGGAUAAUCAACCAAAAGUUAUUUAUAAAACUUUUUCAUUUUGUGGAAGCGGGGGCCCGGCCAGGGACAGACAAAAAUCGGUUGACACCGCCCCAUCGUCGCCCAUGAAGGAAGGACAAGCCUUUACUUUCGAUAAAACACCGGACAAGUUGGGGUUUCAUGGGUCACAAGAAGACGAGGAGCCCUAUUUUACGAAGCCCGUUGUUGACUACAAUAGGCCUAGAGCGAAUACAGUAUCUGAAGGAACCAACAUAACAACAUCUGUGACAACAGACACAAAAACUCCAACAGUGUUUCGCUGGGAAGGUGGUGGUAGAGACGUCUGUAUAUCAGGCACAUUUUCGAAUUGGGAAACCAUUCCUAUGGUUAAAAGCCAUGGUGAUUUUGUCACAAUUAUAGAUUUGCCAGAAGGAGAGCACGAGUAUCGCUACUUUGUAGAUGGUGAAUGGAAAAAUGAUCCUCAAAACAAAAUGGUCGAAGCCCAAACUGCAGGAGAGAAAAACAACAUGAUCUCCGUCAAGAAAUCAGAUUUUGAAGUGUUUCAAGCACUAGCCAAAGACCAGGAAAGUGCAAAAGAUGACUCGCAAAAAGAAUUCUCACAGGAAAUUCCAGUAUACAAACCUUGGGAGAAAAACAGUGGACCUCCAAUUCUACCUCCACAUUUGUUGCAAGUUAUUUUAAAUAAAGAUACCCCGUUAUCCUGUGAACCGACAUUAUUACCAGAACCAAACCAUGUCAUGUUGAACCAUCUGUAUGCUUUAUCCAUUAAGGAUGGAGUGAUGGUACUUAGUGCAACUCAUAGAUAUAGAAAGAAGUAUGUUACUACUCUUUUGUAUAAACCUAUUUAAUAAUUUUAAUUAAGUGUAUUUAUACAUGAUAGGCACUACAUAAUAUUUCUUUAGUUUUAUGUACUUAUUUCAAGGAAGCUAAAGGAUCUUUGUUAUAACAAUAGUCUUUCUCUUAUUGGGUUUUAUUUAAAAAAAAAUAGGUUGACAAACCAAAUAUUGAAAUAUAUGGUGUAAAUUUCAAAGCUUUAUUAGGUAGGUUCCUGGAUUUCUAAAAGUGGAGGUGUUUUUUUUUUUAAUAAAAAUAUGUAGUUUUUUUAACCAGGCAUUAGAAUUUUAGAUUAGUUUAAUUUAUUGUUUGUGAAUAUAAAUAAUAUUGCCUUGUUAUUGUAAAUAUUCGAUAUUUUUGCUGUAAAUUAUAUUUUUUAAGCAUCA